AUGGCAUCGGAUUUGGAGCAAGACGACAUGGGUUCUCUUUUCGAAGGGAUGGUGUUGUUUAGUCCUACUCAAAUAGUAUCUGAAAUCGACGAAAAUCCUCCAAAAAAAUCUACAGAAAUUGUCGCCGAAGCGGCCUCCGAUGAGCCGGAAAAGAUCAGUGUUGACGUUGCUGUAUCUCAGCCGCUAGACGAAAAUUUGUUCUCCGAUCUUACCCUGAUCACUCCUAGUCAGGCCCAAAUCACUCCUGAAUCUUCUCCGGUGUCGAAUUCGGCUGUUUCUAGGCAAACUUCAAUUCGGAAGAAGAAGAGAGCAGGUUUGAGGAUCGGAUAUGGCAGAGAUGCCCCGGUGAUUCCUGAUGACGUUUCGGAUUCGAAGGAGCCAAUAAAUAGUGAACAGAUAGGAUCAGAAGUUGAUACUCAUCAUUUGCCCGGCACGAGCACUGCUGUCCAAGAGCGUGAUUCUGAUUUUCUUGAUAAUUCAGUCCUAGAAGAUGAUUUUGUAGAGAUUACAACUUCCUCUGAGGGCGGGGAUCUUCAAGUAGUGGAAGAAGAAGAAGUCUAUGAUAAGCAGGUAUUUGUAAACAACAAUAGCAGCAGCAGCCUAAUUGAAUUAAGAUUUGAAGAAAUCAGGACAAAAAUCUCCGAGAAGCUCAAGCAUGCUCGUGAAGCAGUGGUAUCUGUGUCUGCAGUGAGGAAGGAUUCAAUCAGGAGGAGAAGAAAAGCUGCUGACAACUUGAAUCAGGCAUCAGCAAAGUACAAUGAACUUGAGAAGCAGCUAGAGGAAGCUUGCGAGGCUGAGGAUUUUGAGAACGCUGAGAGAGUUAGUGAGAGGCUUUCUUCUGCAGAGAGGGAGAGGGAAUCGAUGGCCCUUACACUCAGAGAUGCUGAAGCUGAUUGUGAUGCUGUUGAGUCUAAAAUGCAGGAGGUUUUGGACUUGCAAAUUCAAGCCGAGGAGGAGUGUGCCUCUUUGCUGGAAAGUUUCACAAUGGAUUCCACAAAAGAUGCAGAUUUAGUCGUAGGCAAUGCAGAAGCAGUGUCUACAAAAGAAAUGGAGGAGUGGCAAUCAUCAAGUGAGGAACUAGAGGCCAAGAAGAUGGAAUUAGAAAUUGAAUUUCAUUUAGUAAAUGAUGCCCGGUCUGGUUUAAAUAAUUCUAUUGAAAGUUUAGUGGAGGAUGAUCAGCGUGAAAGAGAUUGUCUUCAUGAUAAAAAGAAAAUUUUGAUGGACGAGCUGGAGAAUCUACUUGCCUUAGUGAGAGAAAAGGAAGCAGAAAUAGCAGAAAAUGACUUUAAUAUUGAAAGAGUUGAGAACAGGAUUGCAGAUGUUGUCUCUGGCUUCCAGGAGUUGCAAUCAAUAGUAGAUACAAAAUUUCAUGAUCUGCAGUCAGGUCUUUCCCAGAUUGAGUUGGACAAUGAAUCUCUAUUUAAAAAGAAAAAUGAAAUUGACGAAUUCUUUGCUCAGGAAGAAGCCAGGGGUGCAGAGUUAAGAGAAAUGUCCAGGAUCGCUGCAGUUGAAGCAAACUCAUAUCAAGAAGUUGUCAAGCUCCGUAAGCAGCUAAUGCAGUUUGUUCUGAAGGCCAGAGAAGAUAAACUAAGGCUUACCAAGACUGAGGAGAAACUUUCACAGGAUGUCCAAAUGUUGAAACAGGCAAUUUCUACAGCAAGGGCAUCUGUUCAGGAGCUAUCCUCGACUAAAGCAAGGAUUCACCAGGAAAUUGAAUCCCAUAAUCAGAGGCUUCUCUUUAUCGAUAAAAGAGUGCCAGAGUUGGAGGCGGAGAAGAAAGUUGCAGCUACUGCAAGAAAUUUCAGAGAAGCAGCACGUAUAGCUUCAGAGGCAAAGGUAUUGGGUGUUGAAAAAGAAGAAUUACAGAAGAAAAUGGAGAUAGCAAUUUCAGAAAUCAAGAAGGUUGAAGAAGAAGCUGGCAGUACUCUCCAAAAACUGCAGGAAACUGAAAUGCAGAUAUCAUCCAAAGAAAAAGAAUUGGAAACAACCCGAUAUCAAAGGCUAAUUCUAAUUGCUCGUGCUGCUUCAGCUGAAAGAUCCGCAGCGAUAGAUGUAGGUGACCUUGAAGAAGCUGAUAUUUUGCUUGCUGAAGUUGAAGCUGUUGUUGCCGAAGCAAAGAAUCUUCAGCCGGAUAAAUUCAAGGAAGAAGAUUUCUCGCAUUUACAAGAGAAUUUCAUCUCCAUGGAACUUAUAUCAAAGCUUGAUAGCAAGCAAUUGACGGAAUUAGCAUCAUCAGUUCAUAGUGUGGAACACGUGGAUAUGGAAGGGGAUACAGCCACAUUAUUCAAUGAAAUCAGCGGCAGUGACACAUUAACUGCUAUUAAUCAAUGA